AUGAAGUCCUCCUUGGAGAAAUUAGCUAAACUAUAUUUGGAUGAGAUUAUAAGGCUACAUGGGAUACCAGUAGGCAUUGUGUCUGAUCGUGACCCUCGGUUUGUUUCUCCAUUAUGGCAGAAGAUGCAAGAAAUGCUAGGAACUAAAUUGAGUUUUAGCACUACCUACCACCCCCAGACGGAUGGACAAUCAGAGAGGACAAUUCAGACCCUUGAGAACAUGUUGAGAACCUGUAUUUUGGAUUUUGGAAAGAGUUGGAGGAGAGGAAAGAAGUUGCAACCAAGAUUUAUAGGACCUUAUAAGAUUCUCCAACACAUGGGGAACGUGGCCUAUAAGUUGGAACUGCUACCAAGUUUGUCUCGAAUUCAUAACGUUUUUCAUGUGUCUAUACUCAAGAAGUAUCACCUAGAUCCUUCCCAUAUACUGCAACCAGAAAAUAUUGAGAUUGACGAGGCACUGACUUAUGAGAAGAAACCAGUGAAGCUUUUCGAUCGUAAGGUGAAAGAACUGAGGAAUAAGCAAAUCCCUUUGGUAAAAGUUCUAUGA